AGGUAAUACACUUUAUGAAGCUAUUGUGUUACCGUGUAGAUAUGUACACUUACAGUUAUUGUUCAUCGGGUUGUGCGUUCAGAAUUCGAGUAAAAAGCUAUCCGUGUGAACUCAUUAAUGAACGAUAUACUUGAACGGUGUUCUAUUUUAACCCAAACAUAUCCCGAAUAUAGUAGUGAACAUAAAGACGUUAAUGAUUAUUUCAAUAAAAUGAGCUCAUUGCACAAAUAUUAGACGCCAAUUCUGUGUAUCGAGAACAUCUACUUUCUCCAUAAAAAUCGAUCUGCACGAAAAUUCAUGUGCUGUUAACGCGCCGUGACCCGAACACGAGUUGAUGGGUCAAUAGUUUGUCAAAAAAUGUGCCAAGUAAAAAGCGUUUGUUGUACACCGCCCCGUCUGUAGUCUAAAUUGAUGCAGUCGAUGUGGAAAUGUACACUCGCUUAAAUGUGCCCAUCUUGGUGACGCAACGGUUACAGGCAUUACAACAAUAACAUUGCUGUGCGCAUGAAUACGCGGUAUUGUGCGUUUUAAGCCCUGGGGCCCCUGCAGGAGCGGUGGCGGCUGCAGCAUCGGUAGGAGCACGCGGUGACCCGGCCCCGGGAUCGUCGGCGGCACGAUUUAGGUAGGAGCCGCGGUAGAGCGAUCGGUCGAGCGUGCAGCGGCAAACGGCCUGCCGACGAGAGGGCACCAAUGGCGGACUACGGGCAGCGACGGGUGUCGCCGCCUACCGCUUCGACAGGGAGUGGCUCGGGCAUGCGGAGGUCUGCGCCACCGUCGCUUCGUCAGUCUCCCCGCGCUGCUGUUACCCGUCUGUGCUCCCUUUAACGCAUUUACUAUUUUAUACCGUUCACGGCUGCCGUCGCUCCAGUUGUGCACCACGUCAAAUCUUCACUCACACCAACAACCAGAAUCACAGCAGCGGCCGCCACCUGAACAUCAAUUCAUCUUUUGUGACUUUCAUUCGCCAGCAUUAUAUUGGAACUGCCGCAGAAGCAAAACAAACGUUGCACCCAACACGUAUACAAAAGACAUUUUCAAUUAUUGUCAACUUCUCGAAUUCCAUUGUUGCGUUUAAUUAUUAAUUCAAGCUCAAACGUAUAUUCAUAGAUUUUAAACUCGACAAUGAACUUGAUAUCUCGACGUUAUGAUCCACAAAUGUCCACUUUCAAUAAACCAGACGAUGCUAUCAGUACGGACGAAGAAAUCGUGGACGUCGAAAGACCCGAUACACCUCCACCGGGAGUCCCAAUAGCAGGAGCUGCUGCCCUAUCCGCCUGGUUAAGUCCUGCCACUUUUUGGCGCGAUCCAGAUCAAUGGCGCAACGUACUGGUCAAUUACUACCAUAUGAACCGAGCUGCAGCGAGAUCCCGUGGUCGCGUCAAUGGGAUGCCGGCAAUCACAGGUCGACCCGUCACCGUCGGGCCAAGAAAGAUGCCCGGAUCAUCAUCGCAACCGUCUUCUCGUCCCAAGAAACGAUACAUCUGCACGUAUUGUCAAAGGGAAUUUAGCAAAUCGUAUAACCUCCUAAUUCACGAGCGUACGCAUACCGACGAACGACCAUAUCCGUGUGAUGUGUGCGGCAAGGCGUUCAGAAGACAAGAUCACCUCAGAGAUCAUAGAUACAUUCACGUCAAAGAAAAGCCGUUUAGGUGCCCCGUAUGCGGUAAAGGAUUCUGUCAAUCCAGGACGUUAUCGAGCCAUCGGAGUAACAGGAACUCAAUGUGCUUGGACACUACCCUCCUACAGAACAGAGAUACCAUCCACCGGCCCAAAACCAUUACGGACUUUUCCAUAAAUUCCAUACUGAACCUAAAUUAAUUCAAUGACAAUUUUUUCAUUGCAUUUCAUGAUCUCAAGUGCGUGUUAGGUUUCCCUCCUGACAACUACCGCGCCAAUUAACUUAAAACAAUGCAUUUUUAUUGUACAAAGUACAAAGAAAUUAAAUUAUUUUUUAAAAAUGUUGAUUUUUCGACUCGUAUAUAUUUAUAGUAUUUCAAUUAUUAUUUGUUAGCAUUUAUUAGUAUAGAGUAAUUUUAUUCAAAUUUUAUUAUAAAAUCAAUAACUAUUGUCUAUUAUGUAAUUUUGUAAGUUUUGUUUACUUGAAUUGUUAUUUGAUGUAAAAUACUGUUUUACCAAAGAUGUUAAUAAAAAUAAUGACAUCAUACGC